AAUGCUCAUAGGUUUCCGACGUGGGCAGCCCUAGCGCGUGAUUACUUGGCUGUAAUGGCAACGUCGGUAUCUAGUGAGCGCACCUUUUCCAGUGCCGGCAUCACCAUCACGAAACACCGGAAUCGACUCAAAGGAGACAUCGUCGAGGCUUUCCAAGUCCUUAAG